UUUUCUGCACUAACAGUCACCUUUCACAAUCCGAAGUUCCCGGUAUGGCACCACUAAAUAUAAAAUUUUUAAUACUUUUAAGCGUCUUAAUAGCAUUUAGCUUAAGCGCUUACGCACAGCGUUGCCGACCGCUCGCUAAUCCUACAUGCGGCGGGCAAGCUGAUCCAGGCAGAACUGGUCCUGGCUGUGUGGCUGGCACUCGCUGGUCCUACAACCCGAACACCAGACAGUGCGCAGCCUUCACUUAUCAGGGUUGCGAUGGCAAUACGAAUCGCUAUUGUUCGCGAGCUGCAUGUGAACGAAAUUGUGUUGCAGGACCAAGAGUAAUUGUUGGAUAAAGUAUCAGCUGUAUAUUUCUGAAACUUUUAAUAAAAUAUUUGCCACGGAUUUCUUCUAUCUCUCAGUUAAUUUGUGAAUGCUUAGGCAAACAU